GUGCGGCCGUUGCAUUUUUGAAACGGUGCCAUGCGACCAGCCUACGCCAUCGUCCUCCUCGCUGCGGUCGCCGAUGGCCGGCAGCCGCCCGCCGCCGACGUCUAUGCGUGGGACCCAUUGCGCAGCGUGCACACGCCUGUCUUUGCCUUCAGCCACGCCGCGUACGAGAUGGCACUGGCCAACGACCCGCGCCACGCCAAGUACGUGCAGCGACACACGAGCGCGGCCGAGCCGGCCAAGAAGCCGCACAUCAAGGUGCUCGAGCGCAAGCACAAGUACCCGACGCUCGCUGUCGUCAUCUCGAUGACCGUCCUCCUCACCAGUAUGUACAUCAUCAUGCAGUUCUUUAGUUAGUCGAUCAUCGAUCCAUCAAUUCAAUACACGACGACAGUUCGAUCGAGCGCUUUCGCCGCGAGAAGGCACCUGCGCGUUGGCGUCGC